GUCUAUACUUGUCUAUAGUCAGCGUCUUCCUCGCUCGCUUGUGCGAGACAAACCAACCAACAAAUUAAUUUUGGAUCUCAAGAUCCUUUUUUGAUGGCUCGCGUAUUUGUCAAUUGAAUGUGUUUAUUAGUUCAAACAUGAGUGAUUAUCCUUCUAUGGCUACGCUUCAAAAUAAUAGCCAGACGCCGGGAUAUGCGAAUGCUCUACAACGUGCGAGAUUGGUUGCAGCUAAACUUGUAGGUGGUAAACGACCAUUGGAAGAAGGAGGAUCUGCUGACCCCAUACCGAAAAAAACGGCUUCUAUUGACAAUUCUUAUCAACAACAACAACAGCAACAAGCAAUGAGCGGAGCAGCAGCAGCGAGUGCAGCGGCGGCCGCGGCGGCUGCGGCGGCGGCGCGCAUCGCCGGGAACAACGCGCAGCCCCCCGCGCCGCCGCCGGGCCCGCCCGGGAUGCCCGACCAGACACUCAAUGACUUUAUCAGGGUGCCCGACAAAAUGGUUGGACUUAUAAUAGGACGCGGUGGAGAACAAAUAACCCGCUUACAAGCAGAGUCUGGUUGCAAGAUACAAAUGGCACCGGACUCCGGCGGCCAACCGGACAGAGUCUGCACGCUCACCGGCUCCAGGGAGGCAAUACAAAGAGCCAAGGAACUAGUGAAUCAGAUAGUGAACCACCGUGGCCGGGAGAACGCGUCAGGUCAGUUUGAGCCGCAGGGCGGCGGUGGCGGGGGCGGGGGCAGCAUGCCGCCCAUGCCCCGCGGCGGAGGAGGAGGGGGAGGCGGACUCGCCACUACGGAAGAGAUUAUGUUGCCCGGUCCCAAAGUGGGUCUUAUUAUCGGCAAGAACGGCAAGACGAUCAAGCAGCUCCAAGAGCAGUCCGGAGCUAAGAUGGUGGUUAUACAGGACGGGCCUAACACGGAAUAUGAAAAGCCUCUCCGCAUAUCUGGCGACCCCUCCAAAGUGGAGCACGCGAAACAACUAGUAUUUGAGCUGCUCUCGGACAAGGACAUGCAAGGCGGGCCGCCGCGGCAGUACGACGACGCGUACUCGCCGCAGGACGGCAACGGCCUCGCCAACUCUACAGAGGUAGAGGGGAUGGAAGUGCUAGUGCCAAAGAUUGCAGUAGGUGUGGUAAUCGGCCGCGGUGGUGAUAUGAUUAAGAAGAUUCAGGCGGAGACUGGGUGCAGGGUUCAAUUCCACCAGGAAAGGGAUGAUGGGCCGGGAGACAAGAGGUGUUACUUACAAGGAAAGCCACAUCAAGUUGAACAGGCGCGACAGAUGAUCGAGGACCUUAUUUCUAGUGUAAAUAGAAGAGAACAAGAAGUGAGAGGCGGAAGCGGCAGAGGAAGAGGCGGUUCCAGCCAGAGGAACGGAGACCGCGGGGAUUACCAGCAGUGGCAGGACAACCAGGAGAUCCGGGUCACCUUCACCGUCUCCAACCUCAAGUGCGGCCUCAUCAUAGGCAGAGGUGGCGAAGUAAUAAAACAGAUUAAUGCUCAAACGGGCGCGCACUGUGAAGUGGACCGCCGGGCCACGGGUUCAGAUAGGAACAACCGCACUUUCUACAUCCGAGGGCACCCCGAGGCAGUUGAGAAUUGCAAGCGGCUCAUCAUGGAGAAAGUCAACAUGCCGAUAAACUUCGUGUCCGAGGGCGGGCCGGGGAACGGCGCGGCGGGCGGCGGCGCGGGCGGCGGCGACUUCUACGGCGGCGGCUCGCAGCCGCCCGCCUGGGGCUACAACCCGCACUGGCUGCAGCCCAACCAGCAGCCGCAGCAACAAAUGCCGAUCAACCCUUCAACUGGACAACCGGACUACUCCCAGCAAUGGAUAGACUACUACCGGUCAAUGGGAUGCGUGCAAGAGGCGGAGGCCAUCGAGCAGCAAGCGAAGCAACAACGUCAACAACAACAACAGGUCAGCAAAGAACCGGAAAGUCCUCACGGCGGUUCGUCAGCGCCGGCGCCCGCCGCGCCCGGCGGCAGUGCGGCCCCGGCGUCCGCUGCAGCGAGCGGCGCCGCGCCCGACUACAGCGCGCAGUGGGCGGAGUACUACCGCAACAUCGGCAAGGUCAAGGAGGCGGAAGCGAUCGAGGCGCAGAUCAAACUCAAGCAACAACAAGCGGCGCAGCCGUCGGGCGGGCCGGCGCCGGGCCCGUCGCCGGGCGCGCCGCCGGGCGCCGCGGCGGGCGCGGGCGGCAGCUACCCGCAGUACCCGGUGUACCCGGGCGCCGUGUACCCCGGGUACGCGCCCUACCCCUACCCGGCCGCCGCUCAGCCCGACCAGCAGCAGUGAGCGAGUCCUGAUCCACCGUCACAACCCGAGGAAGACGACAUUUAGUUUUAACUAUUAUGUUAAGCAAAAUGACAUUUUCAAGACAGAAUCACCCAUUAAAAUCGAUAAUUGUAUGGACCUGAAACAUUGUUUAUUUUUUUCAUCAGCCCAAGUCAAAUCUUAUUAUGUAUUUAUUAUCCAAUUUCGAUGUCUAGUCAAACAAGGAUAUUGUUUUAUUAAAUCAAUAUAUUUUACUUUAACUGAGAAUGCAUUUUUAUAUAAAUGCCUAACAAUCUGAUAUAACAUCGUACAUUAUACUUUUGUAAGACGUAUUGUAAAGUAAAAAUACAUUGGCUUCAUUGAUGUUCUAUGGAAGAGACGGCAAGAUAUUAAGAAGAAGCAGCUUAACAACGAACUGGUAGAGAUUAUUCGCUUUGUUUUAAAAAUUGUGCACUUUUUUUCUUGUAAAACUUAUCUGAGCGUUCUUUUUUACUUUUUGAUUAGAAAACUGCGCAAGAUAUAUUGAAUACAAUAAAGCCAAUGUUCGGAUCAGUUUCAGGUCCAUUCCUAAGGUUCAAUUAACGUCGGAAAUGGUAUCAAAAGGUUCGAGAGGGGGCAGGAAAUAAAAUGUAUAAGACCUACUUACAAAUUAAUAUCGCGGCGUUGCCUCCACUUAACCUUUUGCGGCCUUGCAAAUUUAGGCACACCUACACUUGAUUUAUUCACGGCACAUAUCAAAAAUAUUCCUUAAACAUGAUUAUAUUUAUUGAUUGUCGUAUUGUGAGAUUACUUCUAAACAACUUGCUUUUAUUAUAACGGCUGUGUGGUAAAUUCUCGUUUAUUUCGAUUGUGUAUGUUCAUGUACUUACUGAAUGUCUAUUAAAAAUUUGUCCAGGUUAUAACUAGAAUGCCACACUGCUUGUAAAGAUGUAAGAAACGAGGUACCACGGAGCGUAUGAGAACGGAACAAUAGUGAAACACUUCGUCGCCCUAAGGAGUCGAGGUAAAUGCACUGUUAGUGGCUGGUACUUUGUGACAUGUCGACUAUUGUGUGUAUACGACGGUACGCUGUUAGAAUUACAUGUGCCCUCAAAAUGAUAAAAUUAAGCUGAAAUCUCACGCCCACUCCAGAUUAUACCUAGGAUACAUUUAAUUCUCAUGGAUAUGAAUAGGUUGUAAAAUUGAGAAAAUAUUUAGAAUAUGUAUUUUUUUCGUCUUAUAAAAUUAGCUUUGGUAAACCGAGUUAGGCAUAGUGUACGACUCCGAAGGUAAUGUAAACCUGUGUACAUUCCUCGAAAUUGUUCGAAACUCGUCGCUGUGGCCGCGGAUUGCAACCUGUAUUAUGUUUAAGAUAUAAAGUGUAUGUUAUUCACA